CACUGUAGCAACCAACCAAACGACGCAUGCGCAGUGAUUGACUGUUGAGGCUCGGGCUAUAUGCUGGGAAGGCGGUCAAUGGACGUGUAAUCUAAAUACGAUAAUGAUUGGAAGUACAGUAAUAAACCAGCGACAGCAUGUUGGACUGCAGAAACUGUUGGUUCUGGCAGCGACUGCACGUUCCUUAUUGGGUGCCAAUGAGAAGUACAAGUUCAUCCAGGAUGAAGCGAGCGGCGAGUCUACUCUUGUCGGCUCGUGUUUGCGCAUCUUGGACAACCUGGAGCACACCUGCGCCGUCGGCCAGCUGGUUUACGAGAGCGUCGAAGCCCACCACAAGGUCUAUCGCACGGGAUCAGGGUGCCUGCUCUUCUUGGCGGGAGCGUGGAGUCGCGCAGCCUUGGAGUGUUUACGAAGCGGGAUUUCGCCGCGUCACAUCGCUGCAGCAAUGACGGAGGGCAUGGAUGUGUGUAUCGACGUUUGCAAAAACAGCAGCAUUUCGUUUGAGGCUCUUUGUGAGUCACCACAGAAACGCAUCACCAAGGUGCCAGAGGCUCUUUGUGAGUCACCACAGAAACGCAUCACCAAGGUGCCAACCGACUCCGGACACAUGACUGCCACAGGACUAAAAGCAAGCAAAGUAAAGCUGAGUCGCCAUUUUUGUUGGACCGAGUCUGAGAGCGUUUCAGUUCCGCAGCCUCACCUUCCUGACAUUGCACAGCUUGCUGAUGGACUGAGGCACGGUUGCGAUGAUGCAAUGGAUUUAGUUCUUCAAGCCAGUUGUAUGCAGCUAAAAUAUGGACUCAAAGACACACAUUGUGUGUUUGAUGUUAACAAGGUGAUGACGUGUGUGUUGCCAGGCUUCUCAGAGGACCACGCUCACGUUUCCCAAGGCUGUGUUGUUCUUCUCGACGCUGACCAGUCUGCAGUUGCACACAGCCUACAGGACACACCCUUGAAUGUGGCUCUUAUUCAUGGCGAUUUGUCGUGCACUUAUCGCCAUCUUGGCUUCAACCAGCCUACAGGGGUGCAACAUGUCAACGACCAGUCACGUUUGCCGAGUUUAAGCAAAAAGGAAGAGUGGAUGCAAAAGAUUCUGGUGCUUCUGCUGCGCUUAGAAGUGGACCUGUUGCUUGUUAGCGGACUUGUCGGCGAGGAAGUUAUCCAGUGCUGCUGCAAGCAUCGUAUGCUGACAGUGGGGAAGGUUAAGGCCUCAAUUAUAAAGGAGAUGGCAAAUGCUACCGGAGCCGUGCCCGUUGCAUAUGCCACACAGCUAAGCAAGCACUGCGUCGGCACCGGGGUCAAAGUUGGCAUUUGGAGAGAAAUUCAGAGCGACCGUAGGACAUGUGUCUAUAUUUACCCUAGCUGUAGGACUCAGUUGGUCACGGCGGUCAUCACGAGCUUCCUACAUAGUAAGCUGCAGGUCUUGGAGGACCGCUUUUGGGCUUGUGCUUAUCGGCUGCAUUAUGCCCUGAAGGACAAAGCUGUGUUGCCCGGCGCUGGAGAGUCUGAGAUGAUUUGUGUUCAUCACCUGCAAAGGCAAGUGAAUGUUGCGCAUCCCAGAGAUGGGCAAACCAACUCUUUCCGUGGCGUUGUGCUGCACCUCAUGGCCGAGGGUUUUGUUGAUUACAUAUCCACGGUCAUGGCUAACUCUGCUGGGAUCUCACAACUCCAAGCCAAGACAGCAGUCAACCAACAACUGCAAGACUUUAAAGGAGAUCACAAUGUUUCCGCCAAACUAUCCCGACUGGUCCUGGAUUUGGAUGAGAGAAGUCCUCAGUUCUCAGCUGUGAGGUCAGUCAGACCUCGAAAAGUUUAUGACAAUCUGAGCGUGAAGGUAGAGGCGUGGAGGACAGCCCUGGACUUGGUUUUGCUGGUCUUACAGGCGGACGCCGAGAUCAUUACUGGUGUGGAAGAAAGCAGUCGCGGUGCACAAGCAGAACUGAACUUUUUAUGAUCACGUUAUGCAAUUUGUCGAUAAACCACAAUAGAAUCAACAAGGUCAGUAUACCAUUUAAAAAUUUUAACCUAUUUAUUCAGUUUAGCAUCUGGGAAUCUGGUGCACAAUCAGUAGUUGUAAGCAAACUACACGCCUGAUGUAAGAGCGAGUUAGAUGUGCAUGUGUGUUAGUCAUAUUUUGCUAUCAUGAAACACAAUCAAUAUACAGUGGUACUUCGGGAUAAGAGUGCCCCAGCUUAUGGAUUUCUUGGGAUACGAGCUUUCUCUUGGCUAAAUGUUAGGCUUUAGGUUGCUAGCAGAAAUUCAGGUUAGGAGCCUCUCAACGGCAAAUUGGCUUGGCGAAGGCUACAGCAAACCCUGUAAACGCCGACCAAAACAUUUUGUCUUACUCGCUAUUAGCUUAUAGCUAGAGAUUGACAACUUUGUUUUUGACUCAUUUCAAUGGGCGACACUUUUACAAUACGAGCUGCAUUACAGAACCAAUUAAACUUGUAUACUGAGGACUACAGUAGACUAGAUGUUCCUGCCAUAAAUUUAAUAUUCAUAUCCAUGCUAAUUUCGGUCACAAUAAUCAUGAUAUAAAAUAUAUGUUUUCGAUUGUUGCUCUCGAAUGAGUAGAAGUUUAUAAUGUUGACUGAAAAAAUGUAUUGGGUGAAGGAGAUAGUCUUUAAAAAUCUGUGAGCAAUCCUAAACCGUGGCUACCAAUGUUUACCACAUGGGGGAGACAAGAGCUGGUUGAUCACUGGGAAUGGUUGUUGGAAAAGUAUACUUUCAGUGUCCAAGUCCUAGUCGUAAAGGUCCUUGACUUGUAAAUGAAAUGAGGCUGUGUUACUCAGCUAACUUGUGCUGCUAUGGAUACCUCCAUAAAGGUUGCAGUCAGGUUACAAACAAGAGGCUCCUGUCACAUUUUAAAGGACAGCAACAAGUGUGGCAACAGGUGACACCCAAGGAGAAGUAAUGUAAAACCAGACACACACAGUAGGCCCUUUUCUAUCAAGUUUAGGAACUUUUGCUUCCUGGAACUAUAGGUUCUUGCAGAAGUGAAGUGAAGUGAAGUGAAUUACAUUUAUAUAGCGCUUUUUCUCAAGUGACUCAAAGCGCUUUACAUUGUGAAACCCAAUAUCUAAGUUACAUUUAAACCAGUGUGGGUGGCACUGGGAGCAUGUGGGUAAAGUGUCUUGCCCAAGGACACAACGGCAGUGACUAGGAUGGCGGAAGCGGGGAUCGAACCUGCAACCCUCAAGUUGCUGGUACGGCCGCUCUACCAACCGAGCUAUACCGCCCCGUAGUUUAUGUUACAAAUCAGGCUGAUGACGUAUGGAGGAGUGGUUUGGUGUAUUUCUACAUUGAUACCAUAUAAACACACAAUAGUAGGUCACAGUUCUUUUACUAAAAAGUAAGUAAAUGAAACAAAGCAAUAAUGUACAAAAACAAUAUGACUUAAAAAAGCGUACUGAAUUGGUCAUAAAAAGUCAGGCUUUUGUCCGCAAUGUCCAACAGCCAGAAAGUUGUCCUGUCAGUAAAUGAUGAAUUGAUGAUUUAAUUCCUUUUCAGCUGUAACAAUAUAUAAAUAAUGAAUGUCAGUGUUUAUCUCACGCAAACCACACGAACACAUCGGCUUUAGCGUUGGCUUGUUAGCAUUAGCAUUCUGUUCACUCGGGUUAAGGCUAAUAACUACACAAAUGGAGUGUCACUGACUACUUUUACAACAUGUAAU